AUGAGGCGCGCGUGUGUUUUUGCGACUAAUUUAGGACGAACAAAAUAUCUUGCGGAUACAAACACUUGUGUCGUUAGUUUACAAAAGUCGCUGUUUGAACAGUUACGUCCUCCUUGUGUCCCAUUUUUUGUCAACACCGCGGAGAGAGGACACAUGUCAACUGAAGCCAAGAGGCAUUGCGCUGACAGAAUGACCGCCAAAAAGAUAGGAACCCACAAUGGAACUUUUCACUGCGACGAGGUUCUGGCCUGUUUUUUCCUCCGGCAAUUACCAGAAUACAAGGAUGCUGAGAUUGUACGGACUAGGGACCCCGCUCUGCUGGCUGGAUGUGACAUCGUUGUCGACGUGGGAGGAGAGUUUGACCCGCAGAGGCACCGCUACGAUCAUCAUCAGAGGACUUUCUCCGAUACCUUCCAUAGCCUGUGCCCCAACAAGCCGUGGGUGACAAAGCUCAGUUCUGCCGGCCUGGUCUAUCUCCACUUUGGCCGUCAGUUGCUUACCCAGCUGACGGAGCUGAAGGAGGACAACAAGCAGCUGGAGAUCCUCUAUGACAAACUGUAUGAGAACUUUGUGGAGGAGGUGGACGCAGUAGACAAUGGCAUUUCACAGUGUGAUGGCGAGGCCCGCUACGCCAUUUCCACCACGCUGAGCGCACGUGUUGGCCACCUGAAUCCGCGCUGGAACAGCAAGAGUCAGGACACCGAGGAGGGAUUCAGGAAGGCCUUGGAAUUAGUUGGGGAUGAGUUUCUGGACCGUUUGGAUUUCUACAAGUCCUCCUGGCUCCCAGCUCGCCAGGUUGUGGAAAAAGCCAUCAACGAGCGGCACAAGGUAGAUCCCAGUGGAGAAGUGAUGGAGUUCUCCCAAGGCGGGUGUCCUUGGAAGGAGCAUCUGUUCGCCCUGGAGAAGGCGCUCCAGGUAGAAACGCCCAUCAAGUAUGUGCUGUACUCCGACCAGAAUGGACAUUGGAGGAUCCAAUGCGUCCCUGCGGGCCUCCACACCUUUCAGAGCAGACUGCCGCUGCUGGAGGAGUGGCGCGGUAUCCGCGACGACGAGUUGUCCCGGCUGAGCGGCAUCGAGGGCUGCAUCUUUGUCCACGCCUCUGGCUUUAUCGGCGGGAACAAGACACGGGAAGGGGCCAUGGAGAUGGCCCGAAGGACCCUGCAAGCCGCCGCCGAGUUGCCCACCAACGGCGACUACUGA